AUGGCUCCCACAUCGCCACAGCGAUCCGACACCCCCCGGCCUCCAAAGCUGCACUAUCCUCAGACCAUGGAGCUCGACGACGACGCCGACGCCGACGCCGACGACGAAUCCGACCCUCGCCCAGCCAACUCCAGUCCCCGAGCCUCGCGAUCCCCGUCCCAAGAGCUACCCGACGUCCCGCGGGUCUCGCCAUACGCCUCCCAGACCCCUUACCAAGACAUGCUCGCCGAAGCCGCGCGGUCUGUCGGCCUCGCACCAUUCGUCCCCUCGACUAUCGUCGACCCCAUCAUCUGUUCCGACGACGCGCGCCAGGGCUCUCCCUCCUACCCAGCCGACGAUAAGGCGUCCGCAUCCAGCACGGCCCAUCCCGCGUAUGCAUCUUCCUCUCCACCUCUGCCCCGAGCUCUCUUCGCCCCCGACGAGGACGAGGAUGACGACAGCCUACUUGACAGGUCGCAGCUGCUUGCUCGAAUUGAGAUCCUCCGCCGAGAGCUCGAUCGGGCCAUCCGCGAGAAGCAGCACCUCGAGGAGCGCAGAGAAAGGACACUCGAGGAGAACCACAAGCUCGCCACCAGGCUGUCCGAGCUGCAGCAGCGAUUAGAGGACAAUCGCAGCAAACCCAUAAGCCCCUAG